GGUGCACGCAGCCAACGAACCCCCAGGCCUCGCGAAUGCGGCGCGCCGAGGUGGCCGUGGUGGGCGCGGGCGCGGCGGGGCUGGUGGCGGCGCGCGAGCUGCUCUGCGAGGGCCACGCCGUGGCCGUCUUCAAGAAGUCCGGCCGCGCGGGGGGCACCUGGGCGUACGACCCGCGCGCGGACGCCGACCCGCUGAGCCGCGACCCGGGCGCGCCCGGCGCAGUGCACGGCAGCCUCUACGCGUCGCUGCGCACCAACCUGCCGCGCGAGCUCAUGGGCUUCUCGGGCUUCCCGCUGGCCGGCCGGGUCUUCGCGGGCGACCCGCGAGCGUUCCCGGGACACCGGGAGGUGCUCGCCUUCGCCGAGGAGUCCGGCGUCGCCGCGCGCGUCAGGCUCCGAGCGGAGGUGCUGCGGGUGCGGCCGCUCGGUGACGGGCAGGGGGAGCGGUGGGCGGUGGCGUGGCGCGGGGAGGACGGCGAUGUCGCGGAGGAGGCGUUCGUCGCCGUCGCCGUCUGCAGCGGCCACUGCACGGUGCCGCUGGUGCCCAAGAUCCGAGGAAUCGACAAGUGGCGGGGGAAGCAAAUGCACAAGCAAAUGCACAGCCACAACUAUCGCGUUCCAGAACCAUUUCGCGACCAGGUGCUUUCCUCCUCUGCUGCCUCUUGUUUCUUAAGGCUGCAAGAGUUGUUUGGGGGAGAAAAGGAGUUUUCUCUACACGUGGAGGAAAAUAAAUUGCGGGCGUGCCAGUAUAUAUAGAAAAUACAUAAUAAAUAAAGAUACGGGAACACAAGCUUUAUUCAUAUUUUAUAAAAUACAAAUACAGGUUCCUGUGUACAAGUGUGCGCUCCAUAGCCUGCCAUUGGGCAGAUCUGACUUGGACGAUAGUGGUCUUCUGACUCCCGGGGCCUCAAAAAGCUCCCGAUUAAUUACCUCGCAAGACUAGCUUGCCAGAAUACCUCCGAUUAAGCUGUCGUGGUCAUCGUCUUCAGUCUUCGCUUCACGUUCUCCAUGCAUGAUGGUGGUGGUGGUGUAGAUGUGGGCGUGGGCGUCAUCCAUGGCCUCAUCGGUGUCCAUGAACCGGUGUAACGCAGCUGGAGCAUCAGCAGCACCCGCCCGUGUCGUUCGGCCUCGUCGGUCUCGAACGGUGGAGUAGUCGUAGUAGUUGCAGAUUACCGAUGCGUGGAGAAGACUUGAAGCUGGACCGAGUAGAUGUCGUGGCAGCUUGCUCCCUAAGCGGGGGGUCAGUUGGAGCUUAUCCCCGGAAUGAUUAGCUCGCCCAGCUCACAGGAAUUCAGAAUCUUUUCUGCCUCCUAGCUUCAACCUCACACCAUGUGAUUCUCAAGCAUCUACAUGGAGAUCGCUGCGCAGAUAGUGUUUUGGGCUUUUGCAUUUUGCUACUGUGAGGUGAUCUUAUGAACUGUCAGCAUGGGUUGAAAAUGGGGUGACGAUUAUGGCCUGUCUAGAGCAUAGAGAGAUUGUAGACCACUGUUACUUUUUAAUGUAUAUAAAGUAUGGAAUUAUUGGCGC